GGACGCUCGUAUUCCCAUCCACCUGGCCCAACACUCCACGGAAAGGAUGUAUCGGUAGAGCAAGGAUUUGUCCGAAUGAAGGCCACACAUAGUUGGGGGGAGAGUAAUGGGAGCAGUAUGGCAUAAAACAACGAACACUGGGCAAUGGUCGUGCCGCCUAGCAUUCUUCUGGUCUGCACCAUCGCCAGUAUUAUCCAAAAUCAUGGAAACGCAAGCGACUUACACAACGAGAUUGCUCACACGCCUUGGCUCACAAUCUCCGUAUCCUUUGCUACGGCCAUAGCCCUUUGGUACACCAUGCUCAUUAUGUGCCCUCUCAUCAUGACCCCUCGAGAGAAAGAUGGUUCGGAGGACACGCGGUCGUUGCAUCGUCGCACUGUCAAGCUCUUCUUCGAAUCCGGUUCUCUACUCUGUCAGCUUGGUCCUCUAUGUCGUGUUCGUCGCUCACGCAGAGUGGACGCCCUACUACCUCGAGCCAGUGGCCGAGGUUACAGGAAUAUGAUUCGGUCUCCAUCUCCCCGUUACUUUAUCCUAACGGAAUUUUGGCUUUAGGCAGUUGCGCCUACCCUCCUUUUGGGACGCAUCUUGAUGGGCUUUUCACGUCCGUACAAUUCUUAGAAAGGAAGUGCCCCGGCUAUGAAGGAGAAACGUCCUCGGGCACCGCCGGACCAAAUUAGCUCUGUUACACCGUACACGCACCGUCUUAUUCGCUGGCGAAAUUCGCGCUCCUGCUCCUGCUCCGAUUCCGACUGAGAGUCGGCCUGGAACUGUCCCGUGUGCCUGUUUCUACAUAAGCCUGCUGGUAC